GACAGAAAAAAAUUUGUGUGGCGCUGUUGCUCAUUAAGUAUACAUAAAAAAAAUUAAAUUGCACACAUAUUUAUUAUUAAAAGGUGCGCUCGAAACAAAGAGCGAAGAACGAGCGAGCGAAUAACAACAAUAGCAAGUAGCAGCAAGAGUAGCACCAGCAGUGGCGGCACACAGUGGUGAGCAGCAGCGUUUACAAACAGCAGCAGCAACAACGUAAAGCAGCCGCAGCCAGCAGAGACAGCGACAGUGGCAGAAGCAGAGAGAAGAGGCGCAGUAGUUGUUGAAGUAAAAUAGCAGUCGCAAGUAGCAGCAGCACCAGGCAGAACGACGUUGACGGUGACAGCGACGACGAGAAACAACAACGACGACAAUGAACACGCUGAGCGCUAACAACGGGACAAACGGAAGUGGAGCCAGCAGCUCAACGGGCAACAAUGGCUCCUCCAACACCACAGCAAAUGCCACAACAGCCGGCAACGCUGGUGGAGGGAGCAGCGGAGGUGGUGGCGGCAUUGUUGGCCUGGAUGAAGUGGGCGGCGAUGCCAGUUCAAGGAGACAAGCGACGCGUGUGUUCAAGAAGAGUUCAUCCAAUGGCAAAAUCACCGUCUAUUUGGGUAAACGUGAUUUUGUGGAUCAUGUGACGCAUGUGGAUCCCAUAGAUGGUGUCGUCUUUAUUGAUCCCGAGUACGUGAAAGAUCGUCGGGUGUUUGGACAAGUUUUGGCCGCCUUUCGCUAUGGACGCGAGGAUCUCGAUGUUUUGGGUUUGACAUUCCGCAAGGAUUUGUAUUUGGCGCACGAACAGAUUUAUCCACCAAUGCAGCUGCAGCGACCUACGACGCGUUUGCAGGAGCGUCUGAUCAAGAAACUGGGACCGAACGCACAUCCGUUUUACUUUGAAGUGCCGCCAUAUUGUCCGGCCUCGGUGUCCUUGCAGCCGGCGCCGGGCGAUGUGGGAAAAUCCUGUGGAGUCGAUUACGAGUUGAAGGCGUUUGUGGGUGAACACAUCGAGGACAAACCACACAAACGCAAUUCGGUUCGAUUGACGAUUAGAAAAGUGAUGUAUGCGCCAUCGAAGGCCGGCGAACAGCCUUCCAUUGAGGUUAGCAAAGAGUUCAUGAUGAAACCGAAUAAAAUCCACUUGGAGGCGAGUCUGGAUAAGGAACUGUAUCAUCAUGGCGAGAAGAUAUCGAUCAAUGUGCAUGUGGCCAACAAUUCGAAUCGCACCGUCAAGAAGAUCAAGGUGUGUGUUCGACAAUUCGCCGACAUUUGUUUGUUCUCCACGGCCCAAUACAAAUCGGUGGUCGCUGAAACUGAAUCCGAAGACGGAUGCAGUGUUGCGCCCGGCUUUACGCUCUCCAAGGUCUUUGAGCUGUGUCCGCUGUUGGCCAACAACAAGGACAAAUGGGGGCUGGCGCUCGAUGGCCAGCUGAAGCAUGAGGAUACAAAUCUGGCGUCCAGCACGCUCGUCACCAAUCCUGCCCAGCGCGAAAGCUUAGGCAUUUUGGUGCACUACAAGGUCAAGGUGAAGCUACUGAUCGGUUCACCGUUGUUGGGCGGCGAUCUGGUUGCCGAGCUGCCGUUCACGCUUAUGCAUCCCAAGCCCGAGGAGGAGGAGCCCCCGCUGCUGGGAGAUCGUUCGCCGCGUGCCAGCUUGGCGGCGCCUCUGCUGAGCUUGGGUGGAGAUGCUGGCGAGUCGGGUGACGCAGCGGGCGCGGCGCAAGCGCAAAAGGAUGUGCCCACCACCACGAACCUCAUUCAGCUGGACGACGAUGAUGCCCAAGAUGAUGAUAUUAUCUUUGAGGACUUUGCGCGUCUGCGAUUAAAGGGCGCCGAAACAGAGGCUUAGAGCGUCACCGUCGUCGUCGUCGUCGUCGAUGUGCUGAUGAUGAUGUUCGUUGUCAGUUGUCCGUUAGUUAGUUAUUUGUAUGGUUGCUGCGAGCAGCUGAUCAUUAUUAUUGUCCAACUCUACAUACAUAAUGUAUAUCCAAAAACAAACAAACAACACACAGAAAUAUGGCAUUUGUAUCAUAUAUGAGAUGAGGUACCGCCCCGCCCCCCCUGAUUGUAAACUAUCAAUAAGUACGUAUCCAUGGUACAUAGUUUUUAGUUUGCUAUCGAUGAUGAUGAUGAUAUGUGUAGGCCAUACGUUCUAGUAUCUAUAGUGCUUAAGCUGAAAGUGUACGAAUUUUUAGAGAAUGUGAAAUUGUUUAACAAAUACACAGCAACAAAUAUCGUUCAAACACUGCGAAUUAACAAAAAAAAAACAAAAA